GGACAGGAGGUGUCCCGCUCUCAGUGACCGAGAGCCUGAACACGUGGUUGGGGUCGCCAGUGAGCCACGGGCGGUAGGACCCGGGGGCUACCCCGCUUGUGUCGCCCCCAGACCACGUGGCGUCAGGGUCCCGGCAUGCAGCGCGGAGGAGACAUGAGGGCGGCGACGCGUCGGAAGUGUUGGUUGAGAUGGACGGAGGGAGGUCGGAGACGAUGAACAACGGCCAGGCACCACAGAGUAAAUAUGCGGAACUGCUGGCUAUAAUUGAAGAGCUGCGGAAAGACGUUCGGCCAUCGUACGCUGGGAAUAAAAGCGCAAUGGAGCGUCUAAAGCGAGGGAUAAUGCGUGCGCGAGGACUCGUGCAGGAAUGCCUCAUCGAAACUGAACGCAACGCCAGAUCACAGCUUUGACAUCGUUUUGAGAUUACAACGAACUCUCAGAAAAGAACCUCAGUAAUUUUCUGUGCAACCACCUCUCGGACCACACUAUUGUCGUCUUUUUUCUUAUUUUUUGUAUUCGAACCAAAACCAUGUACAGUAUAUAUCCGGAGAACUCUGAAUAUCUGACUUAAUACAAUCGUACUACUUUAUUGCGGACAAUAAGCUCAGUGUAACAAAAGGCCAGGUGAUGUUGUUCAGUCUUUUGGAAAUAACAUGAUCACCCUUGCCAGGCCAGAGUUACAUUCUGGAGUUUAUUGGAAGCUGGGCACAAGAAUGUAAUUGGAAGAAAAAGUAUUUGCACACAAGAAACUGGAAGAAUAGAUCAGGGUUUAGUUUCAUAGAUUUGUACAGAAGUUCAAAGCUGCCUUUGUAUUGCUGAAAUAAAGCUGAUUUUUUAGUACCUCCUUCGGCUUGUGAGUGGGACUGGAAGGUGAGCGUUUCACAAUGAACCGUUCACAUGGAGUGACACUUCAACGUAACAAUACCUUGGGUCUGAACUGUGGAGAGCUUUUCCAAAUAGUCCAACUUGUGUUCCUCAUUGAGCAGCUGAA